AUGAAUAUCACGGAAUUGACGGUAGUAGAAUAUUAUCGUGUCCUACAUCCCGCUUCCAGCAUGCUUAAGGCGAUGCAGGCUGUCGGGACCACUAUCACCAUCCUGCGAUGUUUACGGCCCACUGCGGGCUUGGCCAUCGUACAUGUCGUUAGCGUCGAAAUCCUCCAACCAAGUUCAAAGAUGUUGGAGAUGACACAAUUCCAACCAGUAAUAGCGGCACGCCGUAUGAUGUCGUCAGCUGAAACCAUACCAGCCAUUACCGAAACAUGGAGACACCUUGAGCGGAAGAACAUAAUACAAAGUGACACUCCGAGGUGUGAUCCUUCGAUGAAACAGGUCAGCGAUCCAUCCAAUCUUUUCAGCGAGGGUUCCAAACCCUUGCUAUAUAGCAACCACGCGGGCUUCCUCAAGUAUACAAUCCGCGCGCUGAGCUGCGGUCGGCUAAGGGAGAGUUUCAAUGAUGAUCGAAGCACUGCAGUCACACUUGGAAACGUCAAGUUGGCAUUCCUUCCGCUAUCGGCAAAGGCUUGUGAGCUUUCACUACCAACUCCUCAGGACACACUUGCGGUAGGUCCAUUUGGAUUUUCAAUGACUCCUCGUUCCUAUCACGGGAAUCAGGGCGGAGAAUGUGACGGUGGAGAACACAGCGAUGACCUAUCGUGUAUUGAAUGUGUAAAGGAGACGAAUAACAAGAAGCUGAAGGCUGAAAGAAAGCAUGAGCACAUUCGCCGGCCGAUGAACGCCUUUAUGAUAUUUUCAAAACGGCAUCGUCCAAUGGCGCAUAGUAAGUAUCCGAAUCGCGACAACCGGACUGUCUCGAAAAUUCUCGGUGAAUGGUGGUACGCUUUAGGUGCAGACGAGAAGCAACAGUACCACAAGCUUGCUACGCAGUCGUUCGAAUUCGACUUGAAAGCAGCAGAUGAUAUGGCAAUGACUUGUUCGGAAGAUGGCUACAACGGCAGUCUGAGUCCCACAACUGUUAUCUUACCUCGAGCAACUUCAUUGCGAGGCGAAAACUUGGAUAUUAAUUUGGAAUCGCCGCUGAUAAGUCCGACCGUCGCGGGAAUGCAGUCGUUCCUAGCGCCGAACAGCACCAUCCCUUCUUCGCCGGUAAUCGGCACAGCCUUCGACCUCAGCUUACUGCGAAAUGCAGUGGAUGGACAGCAGCCUACAAUGCGGUCGCCAUCGCGCAUACUUACACCACCAAUGUUUGAGGCGAUAUCACCGACACGAUCACCAACAGUGUCUCCGAACCUUCACAAUAUUUGUUUGAGUGCAAAUGUGAGUCCACGGUCUGAAGAUUCGGCUGCUUUUGCACUCUCUCAGUUGCAGUACUUCACCAUAUCCGAGCAUACCAUUACUCCGAGCGAACAUAUAGAGGACGACGCAGCGGAUUCGAAGUCUGCUGAACGAGGGCUGGCGAAGCCGUUCGUGCUUAUGCCAACGCCUGCUCAGCGAGGUUUAGCCAAAGGACAAAAACGCGCUAACAGUGCGACCGAGUUUGCUAGUAUGAACCGAGCAACGGAGGCAUUGCAGUGCGAUGAUGGCCAAAUCAACACAACAAAGAAGUUUUUCAGACGUUCCGAUGAAACCAUGGAUAGGGUGUUAGAUCAGGUGGACUUCCAGAGCAAGUUUGCACUACUCCCAGAAAUCACGAUUGAUCAAUUGAAGGACACGAACAUAAGAAGUUUACCUUCAACACCGUCAAUACUAAUUCGCAAUAUUAUGGAAAAGGUUCGUGAUUCGCCUGAAACCAAGCCAUUAAUGUCUGCAGGCAGUAAUGGUGCCUUUUUUGAACCGACAUCGAACGAGUCAUCUCCAGAUUUGCUAUUGCUUGAAAAUAAAACACAUGGGAAUUUCUUGUUCAGCUCAGGAGACGACUGCUUUCCAACUGCUGCACAGCAAUUUCUUUCCCAGCAAACAGAGCCUGAUUCUGAAGAUUCGCGAAAUACGGCGGAGGAUGUUCACCCUCGUAGCCCAGUCAACGCAUUCGUGCGCACACGAACUGUGAACGGGUCGUAA